AAGCUCUACCAGCCUGUUGUAACACCAGAGGAGAUAAGAUCACCACCUUCUCAAGAUGCCUACAUGGCAGAGCUGAAGCAGCUGACAGAAACAGCAUCCAAACAGAUCAGUGACAUAAUGAAGUCUUUCCCAGCACUCAUAGAAAGAGCAGAAGGUUUUUCCCAAGUAUUAACUUGGCAACCAACCUUGGAGCUCUGCAGGCUGCGGCAAAAUGUCUCUGCUGCCUGUAAGGUGAAGGGGGAAGAUAAGGCCGAAAACGCCCUCCCACCAGCAGAAGUCACACCAACGAAUACUGACACCAACAAAGACACUUUCCAUUUCUUGAGAAGAAAGAGAACUGCACAUCCAACCCAAGCAAGACGCUAUCCGCUGCGCCGCAGGAAAAUUGCUCUCAGCACCUGAAUUUGUCAUAUAGCAUUUUGAGUUUUGAAACUCAGUUGUGCUCUUGUUCA